AUGUAUGCUUUUUAUUCUUCAGAGAUUGAGCCAUGGGACAGAAUUUUCUUUCACCUUGGCAUUGUCAGGUUUAGUGAUGUGGACACACUUAACAUAAUACGUCUACUAAUGCCAGAUUUUGCUGUCAUCCUGUCUACACUGUUCAUCCUUCAUUGGUGUAAAGCCAAGAAGCCACAUACUAGUGAAAACUGCAGGCACCUCUACAACAGUGAGGGUUCAGAUGGAGAGAUUUCGGACUCAGAAUGUGAAGGGGAGAGUAGAACAUCUGAGGGAUCCUCCCUCGGCUCCUCUGUUAAGAGCCACACCUCUCCUCUCUCCUCACCUGAUGUUCUGCAAAAAUGUAUCAUAUUUUUGACCAGUCUGAGACUUCUCAUGUCUUCUGUAAUGAACACUGCUGGAAAAGUAUUGGUGACUGUUCUGUUGGGGUUGGCAGGUAUAACGUUUCCCUCACUGACGUCAGCACUGUAUUUCAUGGUGUUUCUUGGCAUUGUGUGGUGCUGGGUGUUACACUAUACCAUCUCUCUGCUACACUUCAGCUCUUUGUGUGUAAUGAUGACCAUCUUCAGUGGAGGACACAUCCUUAUCCUUUAUCUCUACCAGCUACCUCUCAUCCAACAGCUUAUUCCUCCUCAGGAUGGCUUUGCCAGGUUGUUUGGUUUGACAGCGCUCAUCCAGACCAACAUGUCAGAACCAUAUAUCCUGGCACUGAAUGAUGAUGGUAGUUGGCCUGCAAUGGUUAACCCACUGGUGCUCCUACUGCUCUAUUUUUCAGUCAUGAGUUUACUACAAAAGUGGACUCAGUCUUUUGAGGAGGAAAAUGUGGAAAGUUAUGCUGAAGCCGCCAGCUUCCUAUCCAGCUUCUCCAAAAUUCACCAUUUCUCCCCUGAUAGAAAAGAGGCUAUGAUGUUGGUGUGGAAGAGGACAGGGGAAAACCACGAAGGUUCUGGGGGGAAUUCCCUGAUUCUGGAGGAUGACUACCCAAAUUGCUUUGAAUUUUCUUCAUACACACAGAAUAUCUCUUAUUGUACAUCAAAAAAAUAUACUGUGAAGAAGGAAAACUGUGGCGGAGAGAAUGAAAUACUGAAUGACACAGAUUCUCUAUCUUCUACUGAUGUGUCAGGACCUAGUGCUUUAAACCAGCUUGGACAGUUCAUAAUGAAACAGAGCUAUUUAAUUGCUCUCAUCAUCACAAUGGUAUGGAGCAUCAGCUAUAACUCAUGGCUUACAUUAGUGUUACUGGUAUGGUCAUGUGCAAUCUGGAUGCUGAAGGAUCGGCGGCGGUUCGCCAUGCUAAGCGCUCCAUUCCUUGCUAUCUAUGGGACAUUGCUGCUAGUGGUUACCUUCAUUAGUCAACUCCAUCUUAACCAUAUUGACAUUUUCCCUACUUUACCAAAGCAUGUCUUGACUGACUUUGAUGUCUAUGGUUAUCCAGUGCCCUGUGUGCACCUUGCUGCAAAGGUUUCUUACACAUUAAGUUUCUGGAUUUUACUUAGACAACAGCUGAAAGAAAAAAAUGAAGAGGAGCUGCACACAGCAGAUCAUUUAAUGGAAGUCAAAGUGCAAUCAUGUGACAUCAAUCAUACCUCUCAAAUGAUGGUUAUGUUGGGAGCAUUAGUUAAAGGCAUUUUGGUGAAGUACUGGAUCUUCUGCUGCUGCUUCAUGUUCUUCUUUGUCAGUUUCUCUGACAAAGUAGCAGUCUUCAAAAUCCUCUAUAUCUGCUUAUUCCUCUUCUGUGUGGUUCUGUAUGAGGUACAUUAUGAAGUAUGGAGGAGUCUAUUGAAGCAUUUCUGGGCAGUAGUGGUUGGAUACUCCAUGCUAGUGUUAAUCCUGAUCUACGUGUACCAGUUUAAAAGUGUCUGUAACCUGUUCCAACAGAUAUUAGGCAUACCAGAGGAGAGGUUGCGAGACAUUGGGCUAGAACAGUUUGACACCAUUGAACUAUUUGCACAAAUCUUGCUGCCAGCCUUCUUCCUUCUGGCCUGCAUUCUCCAGCUGCGUUAUUUCAACUGUGAUUUCCUCUCUCUAACUAAUCUUCAGACGGUACUGACAAGGAACAGAAUUAACAGAGAAGAAGACCUAAAGGAAACACUGAAGGCGAUUUUUGAUAUGAUGAAGAAAAACACUGAGAAACUGAAGAAAUGGAGAAAAUGCCUCAACACGCAUAUACGCGGGCAUCGACUCCAGAGGGUUAACAGUUCGAUCUGCUCACAGUGGUUACAAGAGAGGGAAAGGUCUACACAAGUUCCCGCAGUGAAUCAGUGGCUGGUGGUGAUGGACAGGGUGCAUGAGUUGACCCUGCGAGCUGUUCUGUGGUUAUGGAGAGUUCAGGAGCUGUGCUGGAGAAUACUGGAGCUCCACAGCUUCAAACUAGUCUCUACAGGCAUCAUCUGGGUAUGCGUGCAGGAGGUAUCGCUAAUGAACUUGUUGUUUUUGGUGCUGUGGACAUUUGCUCUGCCGUACUCAAGACUGCGGCCUUUGGCUUUCAAUGUGUCUUCUGUUUGGGCCUGUGUAAUUGUUGUGUGUAAAAUGAUGUACCAGCUCAAAAUUAUCAAGCCAUCUGAGUAUUCUUCAAACUGCACUGCUGGCCUGUCAUCAUCUAAUGAAAGUUGGAUAGGUGAUAACAAAGCAGAGCUGUUGAGGAAUUCAGUUCUGUAUUUGGCACCAGUAGAUCCAGCAAUGUGGGUUGGCGGACUGAGGAAGUGUGAGGAUUGCAUCCUACCCUGUCUCUGGAAUCACCUGUUAAUUUUAGGCCUCCUUGUGUUUGAUGUGACUGUCCAUCGGCACCAGCUCCAUCACCGUCUUCAAAAUGGCCUUAAAGCAACACACAGCAGCACCAUCUUUCAGGGUGUGACACACCAGCAUCUAGACCACAGCAUUAUUGCCUCCCUCAAAUAUUUUGCUAACUACUUCUUCUACAAGUUUGGUUUGGAGGUGUGUUUUGUGGUAGCAGUAAAUGUCAUUGGCCAGCGGAUGGAUGUCUGUGCACUUCUGCACUCUUUUGCUCUAAUGGCUGUUCUGGCACAACGUCGUAGAAAGGCCAUAGGAGAAGUGUGGCUAAAAUAUUGCUGCUUCAUUGCAAGUUUCAUGGUGCUGCAAUACCUGCUGUGCAUUGGCCUACCACCAGCGCUCUGCAUUGAUUAUCCCUGGAGGAAGUCAUUUGCGGCUUUGAGCUCUAAUCUGAUAAAGUGGCUGUAUCUACCAGACUACGCCAUGAGUCCCAACUCCAGCUUCAUUCUCUAUGACUGCCUGCUGUUAUUGGUAGCAUCUCUGCAGUGGCAGGUCUUUGAGGAUGAAAAUCAGGCUUGUGUGAGACUCCUGGCAGGAGAGAAUGUGGAGAUCAGCCGAAAUCUAGAUCCACAAACCCUCAACCAGUACACUCCUGUCAGCAACUUUCUUCAUUGUCGAUCAUAUCUGGACAUGGUGAAGCUGUUUGUGUUCAGUUACUUUUUCUGGCUGGUGUUAUGUCUCAUCUUUAUCACUGGAACUAUAAGAAUUAAUAUCUUUUGUCUGGGUUAUCUGGUGGCCUGUUUCUAUUUCAUGCUGUUUGGAGGCACAUUACUGCUGCAGCCAGUGCAAUAUGUGCUCAGACUGUGGGACUGUCUCAUAGCUUACACCUGUGUGGUCAUCAGCCUCAAGAACAUGCUCUCACUUGGAUCUUGUGUUUAUCUGGAGAGUCUACAGAAACAUGGCUGUUGGCUCAUUCAAGCUUUUAGCAUGUUCUGCACCAUCAAGGGCUACAAUUUACCCAAGCCUGACAAUCAGUGUGAAUUGCCAGAGGGUGAAGCUGGUAUUGUCUGGGAUGCAAUCUGUUUUACUGUCCUGUUGGCUCAGAGGAGAGUCUUCCUCAGCUACUACUUCCUCUAUGUUGUUUCUGACCUUCAGACUUCUAAGGUCCUUGCUUCAAGGGGCGCAGAGUUGUUUGAAGCCAAAGUGAAGAAACAGGUGGCAGCAAGAUUAGAAAUGGAGAAAAAAUCUGUGGAGAUACUGAAGAAACAAAUGGACAAAAUCAAGUCAAAACAGAAGAAUGCUUCUUAUCAACAGGUUACAUCAUCUACUACUCAUGCUGAAUCCUCAUAUUGCCCAAAGCGAAACGAUGGGGACUGUGGCUAUGAUCUGUUUGAAACUGACAGUGCGGAGGAGGAAGAGGAGGUGAAGGACAAGACAGAUGACAACAUUUUUCCUAAGAAGAAAACUGCUUUUCAGUUGGCCUAUGAGGCUUGGGUGGCAGGCUACAAGGCAGCCCUGAGGGACCAUGAAUGUCAAGAGCAAGAAGAGCAAAUCAAAGUCAAAAGACAGUUGCACAGACAAGAGGGCAUGGAGAAAGAGGAGUCUGGUGAAGAGCAGCAGGAGGAGUUCAGUCAAAAAGAAGAGGAAGUAAAAGAGCACAUACUUAAGCGAACACUUGACACUGUGAAAUUUUUCUGGGUUUUUCUUAUCUGUCUUACUGAGGAUGUAAUAUCUGGUCUGAAGUCACUCUGUAAAGACAGCUUGGAUAUUUCUAAAGUUCUUCGCUUUGAGAAAACUCUACUGAGCAUACAACAGAACAAGGGCAGGGAUGUCUCUCAAGACAGUAUUCAUAAGUUCUACAAAAACUGGCUUUCCAGACAAGAUACAGAGGCAUCACUGGACACAGCCAAAGAGGAUAUACAAGAAAUAACCCCCUCACAUCCAGCCAUGAGCAGCAACCAAUGUGGCUAUGUCAAACUCAACAGUGCCCACUCAUGGGGCAGCAGCCUUUCCAGCUGCCAGACUGAUGACACUCUUCUAAUAACACGCCAGUCAACUCAAGAAGACUUGGAUGCCUUGGACCUUACUGAAGUUGAUGUUGCCCAGUGCUGCCAAAAUAGAGAUGUCAUGACAGAAGAUCCUGAUGAAGAUAAAGUGCUGAAAGAUCAUGCUGAUAGAUUUGAAAAGGUGAAAGAGGGACGCACCAAUAUAGAAAAUACACCAAACAUUGUGCUGACAGAAUUUCCAGGAAUGAAUCAUCUGCACAACACAAAAAAUGAGGAGUUUCAAGAACCCAGAAUGCUCAGUAAAGAGACCAGAGCACUUACUGCCAGUGAAUUGCUGCUUAACAAAAUAUGUGAUAUUCCGGAGAUUGAGGAGUCUGAGAGAUUCUACUCUUCAUUACCUUGUGGUGUGCGUCUCAUCUUUGCUCUCUACAAUUUGAUGGAGUCUCAGUCAGAGAUGUUCUGUUACUUUGUGAUUAUCUUAAAUCACAUGGUAUCUGCUUCUCUACUAACACUCUUCCUGCCCAUCCUCAUCUUCCUUUGGGCUAUGCUGUCAGUGCCACGGCCAACCAAGCGCUUCUGGAUGACAGCUAUUAUCUACACACAGCUGACAGUUGUGGUAAAGUACUUUUCCCAGUUCGGCUUCUUUCCAUGGACAACAACAGCAUAUCGUGGCAUUAAUGCGGAGCGUGCAUUUGCAGUUCCCAACAUAGUUGGAAUUGAGAAGAAAGAUGGCUAUGUGCUGCUAGACCUCAUCCAGUUAAUUGCUUUGUUCUUCCAUCGCUCCAUUCUUAAGUGUCAUGGUUUGUGGGAUAACAAGGAGGUGGAGAUGCCAGACUUUUUUAAGAAACUGAAGAGAAAAACAGAGAAAAACAAGAUGGCUGGAGGAUCAAGACCACGAGAAGAAAACACAAGUAGACAAAUGUCCUUCUUUCCUUACACUUCUUUUCUUCAGAGACAGAGGUCAGAGAACCCUGAGAGACAGGCAGAUUCAAACCAAGGCAGGAAAAAACAUUCACAGAAGAAGCAACAGUGGAAUGUGCCACUAAGCAGGAAGGAUCGAAUAAAACAGUACAUGAAUGGCCGAAUGCUGGAUGCCAAAGCUGCUGUCAUAGAGCUUGCUCUACACAUAUACUUACCCAUAAGGCAAUUCUUCUAUGACAUCAUCCACCCCGAGUACAGCCCUGUGUGCGAUGUGUAUGCGCUGAUGUUCCUGGUAGAUGUGGUGAACUUCAUCAUUAUUAUAUUUGGAUAUUGGGCCUUUGGAAAGCACAGUGCAGCUGCUGAUAUAACAGAGUCACUGUCAGAAGACCAGGUUCCUGAAGCUUUUCUCGUCAUGCUCCUCAUCCAGUUCAGUACCAUGAUUGUGGACCGAGCACUCUAUCUUCGUAAAACUCUUCUUGGGAAGUGUGUUUUCCAGGUAGUGCUUGUGUUUGGGAUCCACUUCUGGAUGUUCUUCAUACUGCCUGGUGUCACAGAGAGGAGAUUCAACAGGAAUCGAGUUGCUCAACUGUGGUACUUUGUAAAGUGCAUUUAUUUUGGUCUCUCAGCAUACCAGAUCAAAUGUGGCUAUCCAAACCGUGUUCUUGGAAAUUUUCUUACCAAGAACCACAACUACUUCAACCUCUUUCUCUUUCAGGGGUUCAGGUUAGUUCCGUUCCUGACUGAGUUAAGGGCAGUGAUGGACUGGGUGUGGACAGACACAACUCUUAGCCUGUCCAACUGGAUCUGUGUGGAGGACAUCUAUGCCAACAUCUUUAUUCUCAAAUGCUGGAGAGAAGCAGAAGAGAAAUACCCUCACCGACGUGGACAGAGGAAGAAGAAGGUGGUGAAAUACACAAUGGGCGGCUUCAUUAUUUUUGCUCUCAUCUGCAUCGUCUGGUUCCCUCUUCUCUUUAUGUCUUUGGUUAAAUCUGUAGCAGGAGUAACCAAUCAACCUCUAGAUGUGUCCAUCCAGUUGAGCAUACUUGGAUAUGAGCCAUUGUUUAGCAUGAGUGCUCAGGAACACAAUCUGAUCCCAUACUCUCAAUCGGCCUUCCAGAAGAUGAGCAAUCACUUUGCCACUUACCCGUCAGCGAUGCAGUUUCUUGUGAACUACAUGGCAGAGGACAUAGUAACGGCAAAGAUCAAAAGUGAUGCCAGUCGACUCUGGAACGUCAGUCCUGCCAGCCGAGAUGCCAUGAUCUAUGAGCUCAGCAACUCAACACACUUCUACAUCACACUGCGCUGGACUUUACUACGAAAUGCAUCUCUGGUGAUGAAUGCAGAGGCGGCUGGUGAACAUACAGUGAAAUAUGAAGAUAGCGGAUUGAGAGAGGAACUGGUGUCUAUGCUUAGAGGGACACGCAGCCGUCCAGUGUAAGUGUUUCUUAAACUUAAAUAUGGAUGCUUUCAACAUCUGUUUUUUGCCAAUUCUCAUUCCAUCUGUUUUCUGAUGAUUGUCAGGUUAAUGGAAAAUCUGCUGCCAAAAUAUAUCAGAGGAACUUCCGGACCUAAUGCUAAAGUGGCACAUCGACUUCAAGUGGAACAUCCCAAAAGCCUGGAUGAUCUUCAUCUACAGUUCUUCCGUCCUCUGUCCAUCAAACUGCAACGGGGAAAUGGGAGCUCUGCAGAGAUGGGGCCGCAGUGGUGGGUGGUGGAAGAGUGUUUUCCUGGCCCUCCAGCCAGCAGAUGCCAGAGUAUUGAAAUGCUGGUGUUCAAUGAUAAAGUCAGCCCAUCCAGUGUGGGCUUCCUGGCUGGUUAUGGCAUUGUGGGUCUGUACAUGUCUGUGGUGCUGGUCAUUGGUAAGUUUGUGCGGGAGUUCUUCACAGGCAUAUCUCGAUCCAUCAUGUAUGAGGAGCUGCCGUGUGUGGACCGUGUACUAAAACUGUGCAAUGAUAUCUUUGUUGUGCGAGAGACGGGAGAGAUGGAGAUGGAGGAGCAACUUUUUGAAAAGCUCAUCUUUCUGUACCGCUCACCUGAGACCAUGAUCAAAAUGACCCGCAAAAAGAAUGAGUAGAUGCAUGACAUUUCUGUCACAAAUAUCAACCUCUGCACAUCUCAGAAAGACAGAAAUGUCUGCUAUAAGGCACCAACUAGAAAGUCAUUUUAUACACUGUAAUCCAGUACUAAGGAAUAUUUUGGGAAUAUAUUUACAUCUAUCCAUGAGAGUUUUUUGAAGCCCAAAACUUAAUGAACUGGGUCCGUGUAUGUUUUGGUCAUUUGAUUUUCUACUUAAAGAGAAAUGAG